AUGCCCUGCGAGGCCUAUAGCCCUGCUGCCCGGGGAGGCCUGCAGCCCUGCUGCCCUGCUGCCGUCCUGUCCUGCGAAACCUGCAGCCCUGCUCACCUGCUGCCAUGUGAGACCUGCUGCCCUGUUGCCCUGAGAUGCCACAGCCAGGCUGCCCUGCGAGGCCUACAGCACUGCUGCCCUGGGAGGCUUGUUGCCCUGUUGCUCUGUAAGGCCUACAGUGCUGCUGCCCUGAAACUCCUGCUGCCCUGUUGCCCUUCGAGGCCUGCAACCCUGCUGACCUGCUGCCAUGUGAGGCCUGCUGCCCUGCUGCCCUGUGAGACCUGCUGCCCUGUUGCCCUGAGAGGCCACAGCCAGGCUGCCCUGCCUGCAGCCCUGCUGCCCUGCUGCCAUGUGAGGCCUGUUGCCCUGCUGCCCUGCGAGGCUUGCUGCCCAGCUGACCAGAGACGCCUGAGGCCCUGGUGCCCUGCGAGGACUGCACCCUUGCUGCCCUGCUGCCCUGUUGCCCUGCAAGGCCAGCAGCCCUACUGCCCUGCUGCCCUGUUGCCCUGCGAGGCCAGCAGCCCUACUGCCCUGCUGCCAUGUGAUGCCUCUGCCCUUCUGCCCUUCGAGGCCUACAGCCCUGCUGCUGUGCUGCCAUGUGAUGCCUCUGCCCUUCUGCCCUUCGAGGCCUGCAGCCCUGCUGCUCUGCUGCCAUGUGAUGCCUGCUGCCCUGCUGCCUUGAGACACUUGCUGCCUUGCUGCCCUGCGAGGCCAGCAGCCCUACUGCCUUGCUUACAUGUGAGGCCUCUGCCCUUCUGCCCUUCGAGGCCUGCAGCCCUGUUGCCCUGCUGCCAUGUGAGGCCUACUGCCCUGCUGCGCUGUGAGACCUGA